AUGGACUUAUCAGCUGCCUGUGAUGGGGACAUGCAUCGUGUUGUACUAGAUUACAAUUAUAAUUUGGCUGAACAAAUCAUUUAUAUUCGGCCUCAGGAAGAUAUGAGCAAUUGCGUUUCCACCUGUCGUUCUUUCGAUGCUCUGGAGUCGAAAACUACACCAUCGAAAGUGGAGGCAGCGACCACCAUCACCACUGUCCCAUCCACUAUCCCCUCCUCUUUACCCUCUGGCUUGCCUGCCAAUACCAGGCUCAUUGCUUCAAGCGCAUCCCCUGAUCUCUCCUACGUUCCUUCCACUACAUCCUUUCCUGCCCUCCUUCCUGGUGGAUGGAAUGAGGAUCGAGUCCGGAUGUGUUCCAGACGAAGACGGAAAGAUCAAGAAGAUGAGACUGAGGAUGUGGCAGAAAAGACUCUCACUGCUAAUGACUUCUUCGAUGGGAGGGAGCUCGAUGAUUGAGGAAGACGAUUUGCUGAGAGGUAG